AUGCACUACUUGGACACGCACAACUUCCGCAGAAGAGAUCUCGCGAAUGGCACAAUUCCUGACAACAAUGGAUAUCUUCUUCCAAAGGCUACGAAUAUGAUUAAAUUGGAACUGGAUUGCGAGCUGGAAGCUGGCGCGAUUGCGCAUGCUAGCACUUGUCCGUAUACUGUAUCGGAUCCAAGCACAAGGGCAGGGAUAGGGGAGCACUAUCAUCGUGUUGCCAUCAGCAGCACGGUCCCUACGUACAGAGAUGGAAUCAAAAAUGCUGUCACUAAUUGGUGGAAAGUUGUUCGUCAUUAUCCGGGCAUUGGGACGGCAGCGAUGUUCAGAGCGACUCAUGUUGGGACACCAAUCGAAACUUUCACGCAGGUACCAAGAACGUCUCUGCUUAUCAUGGGAUGGGCAAAGACAUCAAAUUUGGGUUGCUCCAUAGUAACUUGCAAGUCAGACUAUGUGGUUAUCUGCCGCUACUAUCCUAAGGGGAACAUUGUUGGACAGAAUGUUUAUAUCACUGGAACACCCUGCUCGGGAUGUAUGGGUACCUGUUACUCCGAUUUGGGAUUGUGUUCUGCAUAG